AUGGAAAUGAAGCCAGAAGACUAUUUCCGAUCGCCGAAAACAGCCGGACGCGCCACCACGCGCCGCGAGCUUCUUACUGGUGUUGUCCCAUAUACUGACAUUCGUGCAGAAGCUCAGGCCCACACUGUCCUGGAGAUGAAGUAUACGGAGCAGCAACUUACUGCAGCUGUUGUGUCUGGUAAACUGCGACCUGUUCUUGCUGGUCCCAGGUCAGGGGCAUCAACAAGUAUCCUGUCUUUGAUACAGAGGUGUUGGGAUGAAAACCCUGAAAAUAGACCUUCUUUUACUGAUAUUGUUUUGGAACUUGGCCCCAUUUUGGAGCAUAGGAAAAAAUCAAUUGAAGAAAAUUUGGCACUUGGUGAAUCUUCUAUUUUACAGGAUGAUCAGCUUAUUGACGGUGUCAACAACAGUCGAAUAUUACAUGAGAGUGUCAACUGGUCCACUCAGGGAGAACUAUCAUCAAAGAAAGCUUCUCUAGUAGUUAAUUCUGGUUUGAGAAAUUGGGUUGAUUAUUUAUAUGAUCCUUUGGCUUAUCAUCCAGUGCUUUCUUGGGGAUCCUUUGCUACAUGCGGAAGAAGGGAAACUAUGGAGGAUAUACACUUCCUUAUGCCUCAGAUAUGCAAUGAAAAGGAUAUCCAUUUUUUUGCUAUCUUUGAUGGUCAUAGAGGUGCAGCAGCUGCUGAGUUUUCAGCUCAAGCUUUGCCAGGAUUUCUGCAAAGUUUAGCUUGCACAAGCAGUCCUCAUGAUGCAUUACUUGAAGCAUUUGUUAGCACAGAUGUCGCAUUUAGAAAUGAACUAGACUCUCUUCGUAAAUCAAAGGGAUUUAUUAAAGAUUGGCACCCUGGUUGUACUGCUGUUGCUUCUUUGAUAAUUAGAAACAAGCUGUUUGUUGCCAAUGCUGGUGAUUGCAGGACAAUUUUAUGCCGGGCUGGCAAUGCCUUUCCUCUUAGUAAGGAUCAUGUUGCAAGUUGUCCUGAGGAGAGGGAACGUGUUGUUAGAGCAGGGGGACAAGUUAAAUGGCAAAUUGAUACUUGGAGGGUUGGUCCUGCUGCACUCCAGGUCACUCGCUCCAUUGGUGAUGAUGAUCUAAAGCCUGCUGUAUCUGCAGAACCCGACAUAAGUGAAACUACUCUAUCAGCAGAGGAUGAAUUUUUGGUCAUGGCUAGUGAUGGACUUUGGGAUGUUGUGAGCAAUGCUGAGGUGGUAAACAUAAUCAGAGACACUGUGAAAGAACCUGCUAUGUGCUCUAAGAGAUUAGCAACAGAAGCUGCAGAAAGAGGUAGCAAAGAUAACAUCACAGUCAUUGUCGUCUUCUUGCGCCCUGUAUCUACUGCAGAGAGAAUUUACUAGUUCAAAUGCAAAUGCAAGUUGGGAACCCAGAUUUGAAUGCCUGUAAUAUGGUCGGACGUUAUACAAUCUACUGCUGAUUGGAAUUUGCUACAACUUUGUUGUUCCAGCCAGCCUCUACCAGUGCUUCAAAUGUGUAAGAUGAGGACAAAAAGUACAAGCAAAAAAAUCUCUGCAGAUUAGAAACAAUAUCAGAGCUUUUCUGUGAAUUCAGGAGACACAAGUCAAACAGGAUGGUGUUGAAAAUUAUGCGUCCUUUACUCAUUCUUCAUUCAUUCAUGUAAUAUCUAUACAUUUUUACCGUUAUCGGAUUAGAAUUCGAUAAAAUUUAAAAAUUUCUGUUUCAAAUUUAUCUUUUAAAUAAAAUUUAUUUAUUAGAAUAAUCAAA